ACAGAAAACACUUUGAAUUUGACAUCUUGUUGAAGCUGCAGAUAAUGAGGACUUACCAUUGCCUGACAUUAUUAAUUUGGACCUAUAUGUUCCAUAUAGUUGAUGCCAUUCCAUUACAAGAAAAAGCUAACAAUUAUUUACCAAGCAAAAGGACGUUGGAUCUGACAAAAGAUAAUGGUAAAAUGUUACGUCGCAGCAAACGAGGUUGGAUGUGGAAUCAAUUCUUCUUGUUGGAAGAGUACACGGGUACAGACACGCAAUAUGUAGGAAAGCUUCACACUGACCAAGACAAAGGAGAUGGAAAUUUAAAAUACAUUUUAACAGGAGAUGGGGCUGGCAGUCUGUUCGUUAUAGAUGAAAACACGGGAGAUAUUCAUGCUGCAAAGAAAUUAGACAGAGAAGAAAAAUCCCUAUACAUUCUUCGUGCCAAGGCUAUAGACAGAAAGACCGGGCGGCAGGUGGAACCUGAAUCUGAAUUUAUCAUUAAAAUCCAUGAUAUCAAUGAUAAUGAACCAAAAUUCACCAAAGACUUAUACACUGCCAGUGUUCCUGAAAUGUCUGGAGUUGGUACAUCUGUUAUACAAGUGACUGCAACAGAUGCAGAUGAUGCCAACUACGGAAAUAGUGCCAAAGUGGUCUAUAGCAUCUUGCAAGGACAGCCAUAUUUUUCAGUGGACCCAGAAUCAGGCGUAAUAAAAACUGCAUUACCAGACAUGAGUAGAGAAAACAGAGAGCAGUACCAGGUGGUUAUACAGGCCAAAGACAUGGGCGGCCAGAUGGGAGGCCUUUCUGGAACCACGACAGUGAACAUCACCCUGACCGACGUCAACAACAAUCCUCCCCGAUUCCCUCAGAGUACAUAUCAAUUUAAUUCUCCCGAGUCUGUACCUCUUGGAACCCAUCUUGGAAGAAUAAAAGCCAGUGACCCUGAUGUGGGGGAAAAUGCUGAGGUGGAAUACAGCAUUGCUGAAGGAGACGGAGCAGAUAUGUUCGACGUCAUCACCGACAAGGAUACACAGGAAGGGGUUAUAACUGUCAAACAGAAUUUAGAUUUUGAAACCAAAAUCCUGUACACUUUAAGAGUGGAUGCAAGCAACACUCACCUUGAUCCACGAUUCUUACACCUGGGACCUUUCAAAGAUACAGCGGUGGUCAAAAUAUCUGUGGAAGAUGUAGAUGAGCCUCCUGUGUUCAGCAAAGUGUCUUACUUGAUAGAAGUAGAUGAAGAUGUAAAGGAAGGCAGCAUCAUUGGGCAGGUUACUGCAUACGACCCAGAUGCCAUGAACAAUUUAAUAAAAUACACUGUGGACCGGCACACUGAUAUGGACUGGAUUUUUAGUAUCCACUCAGAAAAUGGUUCUAUUUUCACUUUGAAGCCCCUUGACCGGGAAUCAUCCCCUUGGCACAACAUCACAAUUACAGCCACAGAAAUAAAUAACCCAAAACAAAGUAGCCACAUUCCUGUCUUCAUCAGAAUUUUAGAUAUCAAUGACCAUGCACCGGAAUUUGCCACCUACUAUGAAACAUUUGUUUGUGAAAAUGCAAAACCUGGGCAGUUGAUUCAGACUGUCAGUGUCAUGGACAAGGAUGAUCCUCCCCGAGGCCACAAAUUCUUCUUUGAACCAGUGCCAGAAUUCCCUCUCAAUCCGAACUUCACCAUCGUAGACAAUAAAGAUAAUACAGCAGGAAUUAUGACUCGGAAAGAUGGAUAUAGCCGCAACAAAAUUAGCACCUAUCUAUUGCCAAUUUUAAUCUCUGACAACGAUUAUCCGAUUCAAAGCAGCACUGGCACGCUUACCAUUCGAGUGUGUGCCUGCGACAAUCAGGGGAACAUGCAAUCCUGCAAUGCAGAGGCUUUGAUCCUCUCGGCUGGCCUGAGCACGGGGGCUCUCACUGCCAUUCUUCUAUGUGUCCUCAUACUGUUGAUUUUAGUUGUGCUGUUUGCUGCAUUGAAGAGACGAAGAAAAAAGGAGCCUCUGAUAAUUUCAAAAGAUGAUGUCAGGGACAACAUUGUGACUUACAAUGAUGAAGGGGGCGGGGAAGAAGAUACUCAAGCUUUUGACAUCGGCACACUAAGGAAUCCUGAAGCAAGAGAAGACAGUAAACUUAGAAGGGAUGUAAUGCCUGAAACUAUUUUUCAGAUAAGGAGGACUGUGCCUCUGUGGGAAAAUAUUGACGUGCAAGAUUUUAUCCAUCGAAGAUUAAAAGAAAACGAUUCAGACCCAAGUGCACCUCCUUAUGAUUCACUGGCAACCUAUGCCUAUGAAGGGAAUGACUCCAUAGCAGAUUCACUCAGUUCUUUGGAAUCUCUCACAGCAGAUUGUAACCAAGAUUAUGAUUACCUCAGUGACUGGGGACCUCGUUUUAAAAAAUUGGCAGAUAUGUAUGGGGGUGAUGACAGUGACCGAGACUAAUAGUAUUGUAUGACUUGACCAAUAUUAGUGGAAGUACUGUCUUUACUACUAGACUGAGUGGCCUGCAUUCUCUUUCUGGGAGGAAAUAAAACAAAAUCGAAAUCACAAACAAUACGUAGGUGUUGUCUUAGUAAGGGUUUCCUUAAUCAGUAAGUUUCUGUGAAUGAAUACGAAUGACAUAGAUUAAAAAAUAAUAAUAAUAACCAGUUCACCCUCUUUGCCUAACAAUCUCUGAAUGAAGGUAUAUCACAUGAAUAAUCAAUAAAAAUACUUAGAAGGCUUUUUGUGCCUUUUCUUAGAUAAAACUUUAUAAAUGUUUUCCUAAUUGACUUAUAGUCACCUUUCCUAUUAAAUGAAAUGUUGUGCAACUGCUUUGUAAACUAAAAUGGAAAAAAUGUAUCCCUAAAGAAGUAGGAAUGAUUAUUACUGCCAUAUUUAUUUAGUUGAAGAAUGUCUUUGUGUUAAUUCAUUCAUAUUUUUAUAAAUGUAUAUUUUUAUGAAAUAAACUAGUAUUUAUAAAA